AUGCCUCUGGGCAUGUGGCAGCUAAGGCCCACUAUAAAAGCCAGCCCAUCUCUGUGCUCUGUCAUCCACUUCUCUGGCCUUCUUCUCCUUGGGAACAAGCAGGUGCAUCUCCAGCCCCCAGACAUGUCCUGCUACGACCAGUGCCAGCCGUGCCAGCCCUGCGGCCCGACCCCGCUGGCCAGCAGCUGCAAUGAGCCCUGCGUCAGGCAGUGCCAGAACUCCACCAUCGUCAUCCAGCCGUCUCCUGUGGUGGUGACCCUGCCCGGCCCCAUCCUCAGCUCCUUCCCGCAGAACACUGCUGUGGGAUCCUCCACCUCCGCCGCCAUUGGCAGCAUCCUCAGCUGUGACGGAGUCCCCAUCAACUCCGGGUGCUGUGACCUCUCCUGUAUUACCAGCCGCUACUGUGGCAGCAGGUGCCGCCCCUGCUAAAGAUGCCAGACAGUGCCCCAGACCAGGACGCCAGGAACUCAGAACAUGCUGCUGGACAAAAAUGGACAGAAGAACAAACUUUGUGUUGAUGU